GGGUGUGCUAUAAAGAAGCCGGCAAUGCCUUCUCUCCGCCGACUAUAGCACCGCGCCUCGCGACGUGUGCUGCUGUGCGGCCUGUUACGCCGUCUGAGCGCACGCAAUGCCGCCGCCUGUCAAAGGCUGGAGGGACCGUCUCAGCGCAUUGGGGCACAUGUACGAAAAGCACAUCAAAGGCGCCCCGAAAGCGCCGGCCAUCUCACCCAGCGCUGCGGCUCUCCUGUCGGUCGUCUUCACGCUCAUCUACGUGGUGCCCUUCUAUCUGUCCCCUGCAACACGGCCCUCCCCACAGCUUACACGCGAUGCGCCCUCGUCGAUACGCGCUCGAGUGCGAGCGGUUACCUUUUCGAGCGUGCUCAGUGUUGGCCUGACCGUUUUCGUGCUGCAUCAAUACGGUGAUGCAUCGGCACAGGAGAUCCUCAAACUGUUUGGCUUCUGGCCCAUCUCCCUUCUGGACACAGCGAGGACACUACUACUGGUAGCGAUCCUGUUCGCCGGCCCUUUGUUCGAACGUGGCCUUGUAGACGGCGGCUUGAAGGAUUGGAUAAGAGGUAGGCAUGUAUACCAGGUACUUAGCAGCUGGAUAGGCUACAGGAACUAUGUCGUGGGCCCUGUCAGCGAAGAGCUAAUCUGGCGGUCUUUGAUCAUCCCACUCCAUGUGCUCGCUCACUUCUCGGGCAAGCAGAUCAUAUUCCUGACGCCGCUCUACUUCGGCAUCGCGCACAUCCACCACCUGUACGAGUUCCGCUUGACGCAUCCACAAACGCCAUUGCUCCUCGCCGUGCUACGCUCACUCUUCCAAUUCACAUACACAUCCCUGUUUGGGUUCUUCGCCGCCUUCGUCUUCCUCCGCACUGGGAAUGUCUACUCGGCCAUUCUAGCCCAUACCUUUUGCAACUGGAUGGGCCUUCCGCGACUAUAUGGUCGAGUCGGAGUGGAAGCUGGCGAGCCCAUUGGUCCUCCUGUUGCUGGAAAUAAGAAUGAUGACGAUGAUGCUCCUCGCUACCAGUCAAAAGGAAUUAUGUGGACGGCCACGUACUACAUGCUGCUUGUUGCUGGCGCGGUGGGAUUCUAUUGGCAACUAUUUCCAUUGACGGAAAGCAACCAUGCAUUGCCGGUCAUCCUGAGGGAAAAGUGAGCCGCGGACGAGCUUGGUAUUCAAUGUAGAAUAUUUAUACCAAAGUUAGGGUAUCUCUCCAAACCACUUAGUUCGUUCUUUUAAGUACAGC